GCUCCGUCCGUCAGUCCGUCCGCGCCGGGCGCGUGGCUCCUUUGUGUACGGCAGCUGCUCCUGAAUGCGGAGGCAAAGCCUGUGGCUUGGCACUGAGCUUUUAAAAAACAACAGCCCUCCCUCCCUCCUUCCCUCUCCCCUGCCCUCCCUCCUUCCCUCCCCUCCCCUCCUCCCGCCGAGGUGGACGGGCAUCCAGCCACCUGGGGUCCGCUGCCCACCUCUCCUCUCAUCCUGCUCUCUUCUCCUCCUUGUUUACCUGCACUUUUCCGCCGCCUCUUCCCCCGCUGUCCCCGCCGCCCCCCGGUCCCCGCUCUCGGGCAGGCUCGGCGCCCCGCAGCUGCGCUCCCUCGGCGGUUCGCCCGUGCCCCUGCCCCGGGGAAGGCACUUGAAGGUGGAUCUAUUAAACCUCCCGGCGGUCUCUCCAAGUGGACCAAAUCUCCAGCAUGGAUGUAAGAUUUUACCCGGCUGCGGCGGGCAGCGCGCUCCCCGGAGACCCCUCCAACCUGGACUUUGCCCAGUGUUUGGGUUACUACAACUACAACAAGUUUGGAAACAAUAACAACUACAUGAACAUGGCAGAGGCAAAUAAUGCAUUUCUUGCUGCAAAUGAGCAGACGUUCCAUACGCCGAGCCUUGGGGACGAGGAGUUUGAAAUCCCACCCAUUACCCCCCCGCCCGAGUCAGACCCCUCACUGGGCAUGGCAGAUAUACUGCUCCCCUUUCAGGGCCUGGGUGACCAGCUGCCUGCACAAGGAAAUGAAUUUACUCCUCAGUUUCCCCCCCAGAGCUUGGAUCUUCCCUCUAUCACAAUAUCCCGGAAUCUCAUGGAGCAGGAUGGCGUCAUCCACAGCAAUGGAUUGCAUAUGGAUCAGAGUCACAGCCAGGUUUCCCAGUACCGCCAGGACCACUCUCUGAUUAUGAGAUCCAUUGUGCACAUGACUGAUGCUGCUCAUUCGGGAAUUAUGGCUCCGUCCCAGCUCACCACCAUUAACCAGUCUCAGCUGAGCGCACAGCUGGGGCUGAAUUUAGGAGGCACUAAUUUGCCACACACCUCUCCCUCCCCUCCUGCAAGUAAAUCAGCCACUCCUUCCCCAUCUAGCUCCAUCAAUGAAGAAGAUGCAGAUGAAUCAAACAGAGCUACUGGAGAAAAAAGAGCUGCCCCAGAUUCUGGCAAGAAGCCCAAGACCCCAAAGAAGAAGAAAAAGAAAGACCCCAAUGAGCCCCAAAAGCCAGUGUCAGCAUAUGCCCUUUUCUUCAGGGACACACAAGCUGCAAUUAAAGGACAGAACCCCAAUGCUACAUUUGGAGAUGUUUCAAAAAUAGUGGCAUCUAUGUGGGACAGUUUAGGAGAAGAACAAAAACAGGUAUAUAAAAGAAAAACUGAAGCUGCCAAAAAAGAAUACCUAAAGGCACUUGCUGCCUACAGAGCAAGCCUUGUUUCUAAGGCUGCUGCAGAAUCUGCUGAGGCCCAGACAAUUCGUUCUGUUCAGCAAACACUGGCAUCCACAAAUUUGUCUUCCUCCCUCAUUCUGAAUAGUUCCCUUUCUCAGCACGCCACGGUGUCGGCAUCGCCCCAAACUCUUCAACAGCCCCUUUCCAGAGCCAUUGCUCCAAAACCCCUGACCAUGAGACUGCCAAUGAAUCAGAUUGUAGCUUCUGUCACCAUUGCCCCCAACAUGCCAACAAACAUUGCAGCUCCAUUGAUAAGCUCCAUGGGCUCCAAUAUGGUGGCAACGCCGUCCUCGUCUCAGCUCAGCCCCUCCAUGCAAAGCCAGCAGCACCAGAUGCAGCAGCUCCAGCAGCAACAGAUGCAGCAGAUGCAGCAGCAGCAGCUACAUCAGCAUCAAAUGCAUCAGCAAAUACAGCAGCAAAUGCAGCAGCAGCAUUUUCAGCACCACAUGCAGCAACAUUUGCAGCAGCAGCAGCAGCAUCUCCAGCAGCAAAUGAAUCAACAGCAGAUGCAACAGCAACUGCAGCACAUACAGCUUCAGCAAAUGCAGCAGCAGCAAAUGCAGCACAUGCAGCACCAGUCCCAGCCUUCUCCUCAGCAGCAUUCCCCAGGAGCCCCGCAGAUCACUUCUCCCAUCCCUGCCAUUGGGAGCCCUCAGCCAGCACCUCAGCAGCACCAGUCACAAAUACAAUCUCAGACACAGACUCAAGUAUUGUCACAGGUUAGUAUUUUCUGAAGAUAAAAGAUCUUGCAACAUGGCUUUGUGUUGAUGGAGGGGUAGGGGUAAACCAUAUUUGGCUGAAAACUGUAAAUUGUUGAUGGUAGUUAUGCAGGGAUGCAUAACAGAUCAAAUGAUCCUCUAAAGUGUCUAUUAGAUAGGCAAUAAAGAACUACAAUGUAGCUGUGUAUCAUCUUUUAGCUGACUAUAAAUCAUUUUGUUUAAAAGAAAAAAUGCUGUUCUCUUUUUCAUGUGAUGCCUUUUUAAUUUAUUUAAGCUUUACCUACAAUAUGUGAAUCAACUGGCCUAAAAAAAAAUACCUGGACCUUAUGACUGCAAAAUGGCCUUUCAGAGUUAUAUGCUAUAGCCCUUCUUUCUCUAAAAGUGAGUAAUGCACUUCAAGGCAGUAUGAACUCAUGAAGCCCUUAAAGCACAGUUGUAACUACCUGUAAAAUUAUGAUUGGAUUUCAUACAAUCAUGCUUGUAUGACAUGAGUUAGUUGAUGGCAUUUUUUGUCAUGAAAAAAUAGAGUAAAUCACAGAUUUUUGCCAAAGCUCUUAUUUUUUUUUCUUUUUCUCUCCUAAACCUGUUCAGAAAAACAAAUGCAAGUAACUGGACGUAAAUGUUUGACCCAACUUUUCACUUCAUUUCUCUAAAUAAACCUGCCAUAGUUCAUAAGAAAAUAUAUAUUGACAUUUACCCUCUUACGUUAAUUCCAAUUACAGAACAAAUGUGAAUAUUAUAUUCUGUGUCAAAGUGAUGAGUUUCAGAUUUAAUACACUGUAUUUUUAAAAGGGAAAUGCACUUAAAUAAAACUGUUAUUACAGAAAGCUAAGAUGAGAAAUGCAAGUUAUUAAUACGCUGUAAAACCAGUAGAAUAUUUAAAUGAAACUCCACAACUGAAUAAUCAAUGUAAAUAUUUUCUUUAAAAGUUGUAAGUUUUCAUAUCAUGUGUUGUAAAGUUUUCAUAAAUGAGGCUUUAAUGUAAACACUGGUAACAUGAAUUAUUAAUUGCUACAUUGCUUAUUGUGUUUUUAUGCUGUUUUAUACUUUUUUAUGAGUUAUGAUAGCAGCAAUUAAGUUGUUUGUAUUUUGCUUAUCUAAAAUAAAUGCUUUUAUCUUGCUAUAGAAUAAACACAUUUCGGUAAAACUGAUGAGCUGUAAGUCUUUGAUAGAGAAGCCAGAAAUAUUUCCUUCUGCAAAUGAUUUCUUGGACAUUUUUAAACUUCUUUGGAUUUUUAUCAGACAUUCUGGGUGAACAGGUACCAAUGGGAACUUGGCUCUUGUGCCCUCCAAGAUGCUCUGCUGCAGAGCUGUGGGCAGCUGCUCUGAGGUGUCUGUGACUCCAGAGAGAGAAAGCAAGUGCUGGGGUCACACAACAGCGAUGGUACCCGUGCUGAUGAGCUGCAGGAACAGGGAGGUGAACCUGUCUCUCAGCUGUGAUGUUUAGAGAUGGAAAUCAGCACAAAUUGGUUUUGU